ACCUUCUACACGCUGGUUAGUGGUUACGCAAACAAUCCUGCACCCUCAAGCCGCCCUCCCCAGUCGGUUUCCGUUUCCCGAAAUGUUGAAAUGUCUCUCUAUCUCGCGAACCUGCCUCAGGUCACUGGCUCAACCACUGACCUCCAUUUCUGUCCCAUCGUCGUCUUCGUUCUCUAUUCUCUCCUCACCGUACUCGACUUCAAAGCACCAUGGUAAAAACGGCGAAGAGGAACAAUUCGUUUCGCUCUUCAAUAGAGACCCAACUAGCCCGCCUCUCCUGUUCCUGGUGCAGCCCCGUCUGCGCCCCAAGACGUUUUUGCAGGCCAAGCUCAACGAGGCUCUUUGCCUCGCCAAUUCCCUGGAGGAACAGCGAGAUGGGUAUUUUGAUACUGAUUUCUUUGAAAAAGAGUUGCCUCCUCAUGUUGUCGUUCAAAACCCUUCUCUUCGAUCCUCCAAACCCCGCGCUGACACAUAUUUUGGACCUGGAACUGUGGAAACAAUCAAGUGCCAUCUUACUGAUGUGGAGUCCAAGGGCGAGGUCGAUGCUGUUUUUGUCAAUACCAUUCUCUCUGCCGUUCAGCAACGUAAUUUGGAGCGAAUUUGGGGCAAGCCUGUGUUAGAUCGUGUGGGCCUUAUAAUAGAGAUAUUCAAUGCUCAUGCACACACAAAAGAGGCGAAGCUACAGGCUGAAUUGGCUGCUCUUAUGUACAAGAAGAGUAGGCUUGUCCGAGUACGUGGCCCUGAUGGACGCCAUACUUUUGGAGCAGCUGGGGAAGCUGAAGUUGUUAGUGCCCGGGGGAAAGGAAGUGGAGGACGUGGUUCUAUGAGUGGUGCUGGAGAAACAGAACUUGAGCUUCAACGUCGAAGAAUUAUGGAACGGCGGAGUCUAUUGUUAUCCAAGAUUGAAGAGGUUCGACGAACCCGUGCCAUGCAACGUGCUGCUCGUAAGAGACGUGGUGAACUUCAAGGUCAUGGUCUGCCUACUGUUGCUGUCGUAGGGUACACAAAUGCUGGAAAAUCUACAUUAAUCAGUGCGCUCUCAGAUAGUGAUCUUUAUAGUGAUGCACGAUUGUUUGCAACCUUGGAUGCUAGACUAAAAGGUGUUAUUCUUCCUUCAGGGAGGAAAGUGCUACUUAGUGAUACUGUGGGAUUUAUUUCAGAUUUGCCAGUGCAGUUAGUGGAAGCGUUUCAUUCAACUUUGGAAGAAGUGGUAGAAGCUGAUCUCCUCCUGCAUGUGGUAGACAGUACGGCCCCUAACCUUGAUGAACAUUGUUCAACAGUGUUGAAAGUUCUACAGCAAAUUGGAGUUUCAGAGGAGAAAAUUCAGAAUAUGGUAGAAGCCUGGAAUAAGAUUGAUUACCAAGAAGAAAUGGAUGAUGAAGAAUAUAUGGAUGAAGGUGAAGAUGCUGAAAUUAGUGAUUUAUCAGGUCCAAAAGAUGGCAACACUGACAAUGUUUUAGGAGAGGAAGCUGACAAUGUGGCGUUUGAGCAAUUAGAUGGGAAGUCUAUUGAUAAUUAUGCUGCUGCUGAAGAUGAUGCAUAUAUGGAUGACAAGCAAGAUGAUUAUUCAGAUGGCUGGCUGGUUGAAGAAGAAGAAUGCAACUCUGUCGAUGAUUAUUGGAAUACCCUUAAUGACCAACAAAACGAGUCCCCUAAUAACUGGAGUUUGGAAAAGGAUUCUCAAGCCCAAACUCAAGCUCAGCAUGCUCCACAUGUCAGGAUAUCUGCUAUAACAGGAGUUGGCUUGCAAGAAUUGUUAGAAAUUAUUGAUGAAAGGCUAAAAGCUCAGGAUGAGAAGGUAAAGCCUCAAAAAGUAGUGGAAAGUGACCUCUUCAAUCGAAAAUGGAGGCCCCCUCGCAAAGAUGAUGGUGACAAUGACAUAGCAGUUCAACAGUAGCAUGGUUCCAGGAUAAGUGUCACAGUUGGCAUGAAUCAUUAGGAAACUGAAGGAACAAAAGGGGAGUCUCUUACACCGUGUUAGUAUUUGUUUGGGUAUGAUAGAAGAUUGUCAUCCUAGACAGGCAUCAGCUACAGAGCAAGCAUGAGUCCUCUCUCCUUUCAUGAGUGUUAUGAAUAAUCAAUGCUGCCUCCUAAUCUUGCCCAUUGAGCAAAAUAAAAAAGAGGCUGUACAUUAGACAUAUCCAAUGUUGCUGUUAAGAUUUAUAUGGUGUCUUGAGCAAUCCAUAUUUUCAAUUUUGAUAUGUAGCUCGUGUAAUGUUUUUAAUUUUAAGAGGGAAGAAGUAAGACUUAUUUAUAGAUCACAACCAUUAUUGAAUUAAAAUUUAAGUCAUGUU